AUGGAGGUGACCACCGUGUCCCCAUCUCCUGCCUCACCCACUGAAGGAGAUGAUCUGUGUGAGACAGAUGUCACCAGCGUGGCCAUACACAGUGUGACCCUGCUCAUCUGCCUCUGUGGGCUGGCUGGGAACGGGGCUGUCAUCGGCCUCCUCAGCCUGAAAACCAGGAACUUUCCCGUCUUUAACCUGGCUGUCAUUGACUUCCUCUUCCUCCUCUUUGCGGUACCCUCCGCGCUACUCUUCCUGGUGGAGGACGUGUCCUGCACUCAUAUCUUGCCCCUGCUGUACCUGAGUUUCCUUUUCCAGUUGUCAGUGGUCUCCCUCUACUGGGGGCUGUACUGGCUGACGCCCGGCAGCAAUAUGUGGUCUAUGUACAAGCUCUGCUGCCUCUGCUGCCACUGCGAGCUUCCCGAGCGCCUGUUGUGGGUAGUGGGAAGUGUCCAAUACUGGGCCUUCUUUGCUCUCUUCACUGUCAUUCCCACGGUGACAUUCCUGUGCCCAUCACACCAGCAGGAGCACUGCCAGGCAGCUCUCAUGUCCAUGUACACCCUCAUCCUGCUCCUCUUUGUUGCACCCGUGGCAGUUUCAAACACGAUCAUUAAGGCCAAGUGGGGCUCCCAGCAGCAGCAGCCUGAGAGGCGCGACAUCAUUAUCCUCAUCACUGUGCUCGUCAUAGUCCUCUUCAUCCUCUGCAAUUUCCUGCAGGAGCUCGGUUACACCAUUGUGUCCACCCAGGUUGUUUUCCUGCUCGCCUGCAUGCAGAGCAGCAUCAAACGCUUCAUCUACUUCUUGGUUGGGCAGUGCUGGAGGCCCUGA